GAGUGUUCUUUCAAAAAGUGUUUAUUCUAUUUAAGUUUUAUUUACUUAUAAAUAUAACAUUUAUAAUUGGAUACACUCAACUUCAUUUUACACCUGUACGUAAAUUUAUCAAGAUCAAAAAAAUCCGUUAAAUUAAUAUUCUCGUAUGUGCACUAAUCAGUUUCCUUAAGGCGUAUAUCUGAUUGAAUUACAUACCUCAUCUUUUUAUUUAAUACUUUAUAUUUAAUUUUUGAUUUUAUUUCAUUUAAAAAUAUUUGGCUGCUUUUGUUUUAAAACGAACACAAUCCAAUAUAUUAGCAUUUUUAACAAAUCGUCAAAAAUUUCAAUAAUUCUAUCAAAAACAGCCAAAUAUGGAACAUUAAUUUUUAACAAAAUCAUUGGAGAGAAACUUCAUCACCACUUUGAACUUAAUUAAUCACCAUAAUCGACCAUGAAAUCGACCAAGAACGCUAUACAAACACAUCAUCCGCCCAAUCUAAAUUAACUCCUUCAUCCCAACCGACGAAUCUCGACCGUGCACCUCAUCGAUUCAACGAGAUCUUAUUAAAAAACCAAACAUAACGUGAAUUACUUUUCAACGACCCGAUAAUGGAAACCGUCUGGGUGGACACGAUGGAUCGAAGACACGAUCUCUAAUCUCAAAACCGAAUUUUGUCUGAAAUCUUUCUAGACGACGACCACACGAGGACGCGUAAGAGUAACUAUGUAACAAUUAGGGCUUUUUAGCGCUGCACGCUGGAUUUGCUUAACGUUUCUCGUGAUACAGUUACCGGUAGCCGGGCAGUAUGUUUAAACUGGACCCACGAAUCCUUCAGUCUCCCCUUAGAUUUUAUCACAGACGGUUCACUCCGACCGGCCCGAUUCACUACGUUGACAACUUUGAGAAACGUUUCAACGAGAUCGAUGAACCCGCGGCCAUGAACGAGGAAUGAACGUUCGUGAAUCUACGUAUCGGCCGGUGGUGGAAUCGUUUCCGUUUCCAUGAACCGGUAAGGGAAAACAGAAGACCAGUGCGCGUAUGGGCACGUGUUCACGAAUGAGAGGAACAAGACGUGGUAGUUUUCGAGCGAUAUCGAGGAUUCCUUGGAAACAAGUGAAGAGCAAUUGAAAUUAUGGAUAGAAUACAAACAAAUCUAGUGUGUCACUAUUUUCUGCUACUUGUUUUCGUUUCCCAAGUAACAAGUGAACCGACUUUCGACGAGAUUGAUAUACUUCCGGAAUCCAAUAAAUAUGACGACGCAUCUGCAAUUGGCACUGCUGUUCAAACAUACAGAAAUCCGAGAAUGUAUCGACGCGGUUACCAGGAGGAUCGUGGAUCAAUGUAUCAGGAUAACCAUGAUGAUCAUCACGAUGAUGAUGAUCAUCAUGCAAUGAAAGAGGAAGAACCCGAUAUGAAAUCUAUGAGAGCGAAAGUCGAUUAUUGGAGCGGUUAUUACGACUUUUUGAUAAACGAAGGAAGUUACAAAUUUUGGGCUGUAUUUCAACUUGCCACCGCAGCUCUCCUCAUCUACAGCGGUUUCGCGGCGCUUUAUUACGCCAAGGUUAAUCCUCCAACAAUAGACGAUGAAUUCGACGAUAUUUUACGUCGACGACGAAGACGAAGAGCAUUGUCCAUCUCUCCACGGGAUAAAUCGUUUUGCGGUUUGGACAGUGCUACAUAUCAAAGGAUAAUCGACGCGAUUGCUAGAAAAAUUCACUGACGAAGAGUUUUCAUCAAUGAACUUUGUCUCGGUAAAAAUUCCAUUAUAACGAUUACUUACGAUAAUUUUGACAAUUAAUUCGACAAAAAAGAUUCGUUACAAUGGAAAGAUUAAUUAAAAUUAAUGAUCUUUUUCUUAUUCAAUUUGGAAAACAUGUAAUAUCUGC